AUGGGUGGAAAACUUUCACAGUUCUGGAAAACAACUGACCAAAAGGAGAGUGAAGACAAACUCAUCUUACCCAGGCAACUGGACGCUGAAGAUGAAAUCGCCGAUUAUGCUAGUAUCAACGACACUGCUGCAUCCUGUGGGGGCACUGCACGUCAAAGCUAUGUCAACUGUCCAACGUGUCAGGGAACAGGAAGGAUCCCUGGGGAGCAAGAGAAGCAGCUGGUGGCUCUGAUUCCAUAUGGUGACCAGCGGCUAAAGCCUAGACGAACGAAACUCUAUGUAUGUCUUGCUGUGACAAUCUGCCUGCUGACGACAUCGCUCAGUAUUUUCUUCCUGUUUCCUCGCUCCAUUACCGUGCUACCUGCAGGGCUGAAUGCCUCCUCCGUUGGCUUUAAUGCUACCACCACCAGUAUGUACCUCAACAUGACGAACGUGCUGAACAUAACUAAUAACAACUUCUACCUGGUCACUGUAGUGCAGCUGGACAUAGAGGUUUUGCACCAGUCCCUGGUAGUAGGGAAGACCACCAUGAAAACCCUGCUGAAUAUGAGCCCUUUGCAGAGUGGCCAGAUCUAUUAUACGGUGGCCAGUAGGAUAUUGGACAAUAACACCUAUAACAUUUGCACCUGGACUAAAGUCAAAGUUCACAAUGUUCUGCUGCAUAUACAGGGUACCCUGACCUGCACGUACCUGUGUCAUUCAGAGCAGCUGGCGUUUGAAGACUACCAGUAUGUGGACUGCCGGGGGAAUGCCACACUACCUCACCCCCCGUACCACCGCCCGCCGUGA